CCCUGACCGACAUUCGCGCGCUCUCGUCGUCUGCCUGUCUGCGUUGUCGUCGCGACCUUGCCGUACAUCACUCUUUUCGCGCUGUCGGUCGCUUCGCCGUUUGUCCUGCCCGCGGCCUGCUAUCUCUGUGGAACGCCAUCGUCUCGCCCGUAUGCCUGUCGAGCUUGUGCAUGUCGCCCCGCUGUCCAAGGGGGAUGAUAUCUGUCGAAGAUCCGAACGUGUUCGCUGCUAUGAACGACCACCGACUCCCUCUGCUUUUUGGCGAUGGUGCUCGCUUGCUAUACUGUGGUUGUGUUCUGUCCGAACUUGGGGUUUCUCUGCCACCUGCCCUCAGUUGUUGGCGUUGUCAACUUCUGGUUUCGCUUCUUGCCGCUCGUCUGCCUCAUCGUUCAUCGGUGCCUUUGUUGAGUCAGCACGGGAUGAGCCUCAGACAUGCCAUCGCACGGUGGAUGCUGUUUUGGCCGCGCUUACGCCGCACACCUGUGAUGAUUCCUUCACCCACCCACCCCCAUGGUGUGUGAACUUCCUAUCUCGUGUUUCGACGAAGUCGUUCAACGUCCUCCACGUAAACUCGUUAGUUCGCACGACAUGUGGCACUCGUUUUCUGUUGUCAUUGGUAACGCUCCUUCGCACUGUGUGUUUCCGCUUCAUUUGUUCAUUGAAGUAGUCUGUUGCGUCGCACGACCUCGUCAUGAUAGAAUGUACUGUCACUCGCUUCAAAUGCGAUGCAAGCGGCGAUGCGGUGUAUAUCGACGGAUGGAGGCGUUGGCACACACAACUGGAACUGCUCACUGUCACCAAACUUAUCGAACGACCAGAACUGAUAAUCAACGAAGGGUUCGGAGUAACGGACGACGUCCUCAUUUGAAUGAAGUACUGACUGUUCUUCACCCCCCC